GAGGUUAAAAUUGUGAGCCAUUACAUAUAUGUACGUAGUAUAUCAUUUCUCCAUCAGGUCGUUUUGGAUACUGGCAGCUCGAAUCUGUGGAUACCAGAUGAGACAUGUGUGCACUCACGGGAAAUAUGCGACCAGUCGAAAUGUGAUCCCGGUUUGAUUUGCAAAGUUUUCUGCCCAGAACCCACGUGUUGCCAAAACAAUGCAGGAAGCAAUAAGAGACAGAAGAAUCCCUGUAAGGGAAAGCACUCCUUCAAUUCGAGUGAAUCGGAGACCUACGUAAAGCUUGCGAACAGAACGGAGUUCAAAAUUGCAUACGGCACAGGGAGUGCGAAAGGAUUUCUUGGAAAUGACACUGUGCGUUUUGGAGCCGAAAAUGAAAAUCAGCUGGUCGUUCACGGUACAGUGUUUGGUCAAGCCGAGCAGAUUGCAGACUUUUUCGCAGAUAAUCCGAUCGAUGGCAUUCUCGGAUUAGGAUUUCGUGGACUUGCUGUAAAAAACGUCAACCCUCCAUUUCAACGAGCUGUGGACCUUGGACUUGUAGACCCAAUAUUCACUGUCUACAUGAAAAGCUUAGGAGAUUUGGCAAAGGGUGCCUAUGGAGGCGUGUACACCUACGGUGGUCUUGACAAGGAAAACUGCGGCGAAAUAAUUGCAUACGAGAAUCUCACGACGGCACUUUACUGGCAGUUCCGAUUGAAGGAAGUCAGCGCAGGAUAUGUGACGCUCAAGAAGGGCUGGGAGGUAAUUUCGGACACCGGCACGUCGUGGAAUGGCGUUCCAACGGCGAUCGCUUCCCUGGUGGCAGAUGCGUUCGGAGCAAGGUGCUUAGUUUCAUCUCCUUCCAGUACAACCCGUUCUAUGAAGUCUACCUCAUCGAAGUGCAACGCGACGGUGUCAAUGAGCUUGACUAUCGGCGAUCAAAUUUAUGUGAUUGAAUCAGAGAAUCUCAUUAUCAAAGUUGGUGAUAUAUGCCUGUUGACAAUGUUUCCGAUGAGCUCUUACGGCUUCGGACCACAAUGGAUUCUCGGCGAUCCGUUCAUACGACAGUUCUGUAACAUCCACGAUGUCGGCAAUAAGCGUAUCGGCUUUGCAAAGCCUCUAAAGAAGUAG